CACUCUCUUUUCGCGUGUUUCACCGCUAGUGUGUUUUGCACAAUGCAUAUUUAUUUUAAAAGAAAAGCGAGAGACUGGAGGCAGUGUAAUUGCGGGCGACUAGAGGAGCCCGCAAUCAUAAUCUUUAAAUUGUUAUUUCGCAUUCUUGGCACGUAUAUAGCCAGCAUACGUUUGUACUUCCACUGAGAAUGAAAGAAAUGUAUGAACGCAAUCUAUCACUCGCGUUUCUACCACACGCGCAUUUAGCGAUUAAAACAAAAUGUUAUGUUUUAUAUAAGCAAACGUCCAAGAAUAACGAAACCUUCAAAAACAUUCCGUAUCAUUAG